AUGUCCACAGAAAAGGCUCCUAUCAAGGGUGUUCUGCUCGUCGGCAGUGUGCCUGGAACAGACACUGAGGAUGUCUUACGCAGAAUGGCACCAGCCCUCGGCAGUCGUCUCAAAUACAUUCCCGAUGGAGAAACCGGCCAACGCAACUACUUCAUAGGAUGGCAAAUGUACAAAUUCGGCGCUUUCCCCGAGGUCGUCAGUCAAUUCGGUCAGAACGGCAAAUUCGAAGAUACUCCUGUGCCAGAGGAAAAGAUCAAGGAAGCUGCGGAGAAACUCGAGGGCAUGGACACUGAUUACGAUACUGCUGCCAUUGAAUCUUGGCCUGUUUUCAAAAAGCUGAAGGAGGAAGGUGUGAUUCCCAAGCAUGUCAAAUUCCAGGUCUGCUUGCCUUCGCCGUUGACAUUUGUAUCGCCGUUUAUUGUUGGCGACUACAAGACUGCUAUUGAGCCUGUCUACGAGCGCGCCAUCCUUAGAGCUUUGGAUAACAUAAUCAAGACCGUGCCCAAAGAAGAAUUGGCUAUCCAGUGGGACGUCCCCAUCGAGUUUGCCCUACUCGAAGGCGUCUGGGUGCAACCUUGGUUCUCAGAUGUCAAGCAAGGGAUCCUGGACCGCUGGCUCAGACUGACUGCCGCUGUCGACUCCGCCGUUGACAUGGGCUUCCAUUUCUGCUAUGGUGAUAUUGGACAUCAGCAUUUCACUCAGCCCAAGGACACGGGCUUUAUGGCCGAUAUGGCCAAGGAGCUUUUGAGCAAUGUCAGCAGACGUGUUGAUUAUAUCCAUCUGCCUGUGCCCAAAGAUAGAGAGGAUGCAGCAUACUUUGCUCCUUUGAAAGACUUGCAGGCAGUCAGAGGAGAGACGGACAUUUAUCUUGGUCUUGUCCAUACCGAUGACUUGGAGGGUACCCAGCGCAGGAUCAAAGCUGCUUCUGAAGUUCUUGAUGGCUUUGGUGUUGGCACCGAAUGUGGCUGGGGACGAACAUCUCACGAGGAGAUCACUUCAAUUGUUCAAAUAUCGAACGCCGUCUCGGGAGAAAUCAUCUAA